AGCAAAACAUCCUUGCACAGAAAUGUAACGAUACAUCUUGACCCAGCAGUGCAAAAUUGUUUUACGGUUAUCAACUCGCAGACGGUACGCGAAGGUUAUCAAGCGGAGAGGACCUGCACGUUUCUUCCCUUCUCAUUUUAUUCUGCGUCACUAUCUUCCCCAGUUCCCCUUCUCAUCUUCUUCUGCCACAACGAAGAGUUUCAGAAGCACAGGUUUUCAGUUUUCACGGGAGCUGCGUUUCAAGAGUAACAAAUAAUGGGGUUUUGCAAAGCUGAAGUGAAUUUGAGGAGAUUACUUGAAACUGCACCACAACAGAAAAAUCAAGCAAAGCUCAUACAUUAUGUUGCCACAUUGCGGGAACUGUUGGAGCAGUUGGCCGAAGAAAGGACUCCAGAAGGACUGCCUAGGAUCACCAAGGCAAAGGUGACUGAAUAUGCUGAAAAAAUUGAAGCUGUUGCAGCUAAAGUUGCUGUACCUGUGGAGUCUCAGGAGCCAGUGGUUGACAAAUUUGAGGUUGAAACUCAUAAAACAGAGGGGGAAAGUAUACACUCUCCUACUGGAGGACUGAGAAGAAGAUUUGUGCCCCCAUUGAAUACUAUGGAAACAUCUCAUGACGCGGUGGAUGCGGACCGAUCUACCCAGGUCAAACUUGAUGAUGCUGCGUUGACACACAUUGAUAAGCAUAGGAAACUUCAGGAGACCUUGACAGAUGAAAUGGUUGUCUUGGCACGACAACUCAAAGAGAGUAGUCUCAUGAUGAACCAAUCAAUUAAAAAUACAGAAAAGAUACUUGAUUCAACAGAGAAAGCGGUUGAGCGUAGCUUGGCGAGUACAGGGAAUGCUAAUGUUCGUGCCAUGAAAGUGUACUCGCAGAGUUUCAAGACCACAUGCUUCACAUGGCUUAUGAUCUUUGUUAUGACCUGCAUCUUUGUUAUGGUCGUGCUUCUCAUACGCAUCACUUAAUUGCCAAAAAAAACCCUCUUUACUUUCAACGCCUGACACCGUGUUAACACAUGGAAGACUCUAAAAUGGAUCUGCUUAUAUCAUGUGAUGUACUACAGUUGGACUGCUGGUUGGCAUUGUUAAUUUGAGGGUGUUUGACAUUAAUUCUUAUUUUGAUUUUCUUUCCGAAUAGAAUAUGAUUUAGAAAUUUUCGGUGUAUGGAAAAUGUCUUCUUUGUGUUUGACAUUUCUUCUAUAGUACUACGUAUGAAUUCGUCCUUGUGUGAACUGACAAAAAGGUUAUAAUAAUGUGUAGCAUUGUUGUUGUAAUAAGAAAGAAUUGAAUACGAAUCUCUGGUUGUCUUUUGUUGUAUGUGCCUUUUGAAGCAUUUCCAGUUUUC